CUCACUCUUUUCUCCACCAGCCGGAACUGCUUUAUAACAUCAACUUUUUUCCUGCCGACGAGCUUCUUUUGACACUUGGGAGGAGGCAAAAAUGUCCGAGAACGCCGAACGUCUGAAUAAGUUCAAGAACAAAGGCAAAGAUGUGAAUGAGCUUCGACGCAGGAGGGUGAUGGUCUCCGUCGAACUCCGCAAAGCCAAGAAAGAUGACCAAAUGUUCAAAAGAAGGAACGUGAGUGAGCUUCCCGAGGACGCCACCUCCCCUCUCCAGGAGAAGAACCAAAACAAGCAGACAUCGGGUCAAUGGAGUGUUGCAGAGAUCCUCACUGGCGUGAACAGCGGCAACAUGGAGACCCAGCUCCAGGCAACACAAGCAGCGCGCAAACUGCUGUCACGGGAGAAGCAUCCCCCCAUCUGCCAGAUCAUCAGUGCGGGUCUUAUCUCCAAGUUUGUGUCCUUCCUGGGGCUGUCCUCGUGCCCUCCCAUCCAGUUCGAGGCUUCCUGGGCACUGACCAACAUUGCCUCUGGGACGUCCGACCAGACGGCCGCCGUGGUCGAGGGCGGAGCCAUCCCCGCCUUCAUCCGCCUGAUCAUUUCCCCUCACCAGCACAUCAGUGAGCAGGCCGUCUGGGCUCUUGGAAACAUUGCAGGUGAUGGAUCAGCUAUGAGGGACAUGGUGAUCAAGUAUGGAGCUGUGGCCCCCCUUCUGAGUCUGAUCACAGUUCCAGACCUUUCUCUAUUAAGUUCGGCUUACCUGAGAAAUGUGGCGUGGACCGUGUCCAACCUGUGCCGCAACAAGAACCCGUCCCCUCCUAUAAGUACCAUCCAGCAGCUCCUCCCCGCCCUCAUCCGUCUCCUCCACCACGUCGACAAGGAGGUGAUGACGGACGCCUGCUGGGGCGUGUCCUACCUGACCGACGGCACCAAUGACCGCAUCGAGGUGGUGGUCCAAGCGGGUCUGGUGCCUCGCCUGGUGCAACUGCUGGGCUGCGGAGAGAUCUCUGUGUUGACCGCCUCCCUGCGUGCCAUCGGUAACAUCGUGACGGGCACAGACGAGCAGACUCAGGCGGUGCUCAAUGCCGGGGUCCUGGCCAUGUUUCCCCCGUUACUGUGCCACAACAAGGCCAACAUUCAGAAGGAGGCCGCCUGGACUUUAUCCAACAUCACUGCGGGAAAAGAGAGCCAGAUCCAGGAGGUCAUGGAUGCAGGCCUGGUUCCACAUUUGGUCAACGUGCUGAUCAGGGGUGACUACAAAACCCAGAAGGAGGCCGUGUGGGCAGUUACAAACUUCACCAGCGGGGGCACUGUGGAGCAGGUGGUGCACCUGGUGCAGUGCAAUGUGCUGGAGCCUCUUCUCACCCUGCUCUCCUCCAAGGACAGCAAGACUGUCCUGGUCAUCUUGGACGCCAUCACCAACAUAUUCUUGGCUGGUGACAAAAUCGACGAGUCUGACAAGUUGGCCCUGAUGAUCGAAGAAUGCGGCGGACUGGACCACAUUGAAGCGCUGCAGUCUCACGAGAACGAGACCAUCUACAAAGCCGCCCUCAACCUGAUCGAGAAGUACUUCUCUGAAGAGGACGAGGAGCUGCAGAGCGUGGCCCCCGAAGCAAACGCUGAUGGUUACGCCUUCCAAAUGGGUGAAAGCCAGAGCACUUUCAAUUUCUAAAUCAACUUCUUCCAGUCUUCAUGUGUCGUGUUGUCACUGUUCUGCUUUUUUUCCUCGUUCAUGUCCAUGUUGUAUGUAGUGUACAUACCAUCUAUCACUUGAUGAACCACUCAUGUAAAUAAAUCUGUUGGAUUGUG